AUGGAGCAGUUUUUUGGUGCGGGCAGAAGCAAAUGCGAAUGCAGGGAUUCGAGGGGAUGGGUCUCGCAUCUCGCGUCUUCGCGCAGGACGGGUGAGCGCGCCGGCGCCGGCACCCCGAUCUCCUUCCUCCGGCAUCCCCUGCUCCUGCCACGACCGGAUCUGAGAUCCCCACCGCGUCCUCUCUUCACCGCCCCUCCUUCGAGCUCCUCCGCCUCCCUGGACAAUGCAAUCGAGUUCGUGUGCCUCCCGGCCGGUGGCCGCUCCAACCUCGCCGCUCGCUGCCCCAGCUCCGGCCACUCAGCUUGCUGCGGCGGCGCUUGCCCUCCGCAGGGCGGGCCCGGCCAUCUGAGGCCACCUCCGCAAGCCCGCUCCGGCAUCACCGGCGGCCGCUCCGACCUCGUCGCCCGCUGCCCCAGCUCCCGCCGCCUUGCUUGCCUUGGCAGCCCUCGCCCAGCCCGCAACGACGGGGGCCACUUCACCACCGGCGGCUGCUCCGACCUCGCCGCCCGUAGCCGUUGCUCCCGCCUCUCAGCUUGUUGUGGUUGUCCUUGCCCCGGCCAUCCAACACCACCUACGCAAGCCAGCUACGACGGCUGCCAUCCCGGCACCACCGGCUGCCGGUGCCUCCGCUUCCGGCUUGCUGCUACCACCUACAGCGUCGAGCUCGGGCCGUGUUCAGUCGGAUUUGGCAACAGAAGCUUCGUUGCGCCCCUCCUGUGGGCUGACGGAUGAGAUGACAGGCUGGAAGCUUGUCCAAUCACGCCGCAUGCGCCAGGCUCUGCCAUCCCCUGCCUUCAAGCAUCAUGAGCGCGCCCCUCCGCCCAUGUGGCUCAGGAAAAGGUGUUUCCGCUGCUUUGCUAAAGUCCAUCGGGCGGUUAAGUGCAGGGAUCCGGUCCGGUGCAUUCGAUGCUUUCAAUCAGGUCAUCGUGUGAGGGAUGGAUGCCAACCAAUGUCGUGGCCUGCGACAUGUCCUCCAUGAUCUGUGGCUCCUGGUGUUUGUCCUCCCCAAUCGAUAGCUCGUUGUUGGGCUUCAGUUGUUGCGUUUCAUGGAGCCGCUAAGAACGGCGACCCCCAAUAGCUCUAGCGGAUGUGGUGCUUGAGUCUGCUUUUGCGGUUGAUUCGUUGUUCUCUGAUCUUCAAGGCGUGACUUCCUCCCAGCUGAAGGAGGCGGUCCAGCCUCUGCACGAUGUUGUUGGCUCCAUGCAGGGUUGGAUGCUUCAGAUGGGGAACUUUCUGGAGCGUGCUGAGGCUGUUCUGAGUGGGCUCUUUCAGGUGCCGUCUGUGCUGCAGACCAGUGUUGUGUCAAACCCCUUGGAUGUGCAUGAUGUUAACCUUGAGGAUGAGUGUUCAGCCGGGCUUCAUGGACGUUUCUCUCCUCGUGCUAGGGUCAGCUCGCCGUUGUCUGCCUCUGAGGGUUCGUGCAUCGAUGUGGUUGUUGCUCCGGUGCUACAAAUCAUGCCCGGGAUUUUAGAGCUUUGUAGGGAACGGACUCCACCUCUCUCUGUGGAGCAACUGAAGGUGGAGUUGCCGACGACCUUGUGUGACGGGCGGUUUCCGCCUCCAUGUGAGCAAUUAGGGACCUACGAGUCCAUUAUGCCAGAGGUUGCUAUGGUGGAUGAUGUUGGUGCGGUCAGUAUGUUGGCACCUGCUCCUGUGGCGUCGAGCCAGCCUCUCGCCUUAGGGACUCAUGGAGGUUCUGAUGUUUCUGUUACCCAAUCGCAUGUGACCGUUGGGCGGGUGGAGACCGUGCAUGACAAGGUUGAUGCGAUUCUCUUUGAAAUAGAGGUUCAUAGCUUGC